AUGACUGAUUUGAUGGACAAGAACCAGAACAGCGAGUUCACAGAAGAAGAGUAUUAUUUCAUAUCUGGGUUUCUUAUAGAGGCAGGAUCCGAUACAACACGUAUCUCGAUAUCAAUGGCUCUCGCUGGGGCGAGGGCUUUCCCUGAAUGGGUAGAACGAACGCAAAAGCAGCUAGAUUCCGUGUGCGGAUCGCAGGCAAAACGUCUUCCAGAAUUCAGUGAUAUGGACAGUCUUCCUUUGGCCAAAGCCGCCAUUAAGGAGAGUCUGAGGUGGAAGCCCGCAUUUUCUGCGACUGGUCUCUCUCAUGCCCUCAUAAAGGACGACACUUUCGAAAGCUUUACUUUUCGUGCGGGAACUGCGGUGACCUUCAACAGUUGGGUGAUAUCUCACCUGGAUUACGAGGACCCAGAACGAUUUCUUGAUCAAGAUCUUGAUACACCUACAAAGGGUUACCCGAGUUAA